CUUCCUGCUUCCGUUAUCGACGCUCAAAUGUAGAGGAACGGCAGCGCCUGCGCUUUUAAUUUUGUUUUGUUUUAAUUUAUAGUUUUGUUAACCUGUUGUUAGGCGCGUUGGCGACGUCGUACGAUGAAUAUGAAUACUCCGGGCGUCAGCCUGUUUCAGGGCGGUGAGACACUAAAGGUUAAUUCGACUUUGGACCGUUUAGAAGAAGAAGAGGCGCUUCAGGACCAGAAGCGUCGCGAAGAAGAGUUGGGAAAUCUGCUGGAAAAUGCCUUCGAUGACUUAGACGAUGAUGAUAGUACAGUCGACUCGACAACCAAUUUUCAUUCGAACUUGCUGCCGGAGCAGCCGCUGCCAACAUUGCCUUCACAUCAUGUGGAACACCAAAUCCAGAACUAUGCCAGCGCCCAGCAUAAUAUUCGUCACGAAAGUGAAAUGGAAAUACAUAAGUUAAAAAUGAUGCUAGAGUCAAAAACUCAUGAGUUGAAUAACGUCAAUAAAGUGGCUUCUGAAGCUCACAAGAAAAUUGAUGAAUACCAGAAGCGUUUGACCAUUGCCCAGGCAGAGCUAGACAGAGCUCUGCGAGAGAAGCAGAACACGCAUGAACUUUUGGUAGAAGCCAAGGAACGCUGUUCUAACCAAGACAACAAUCUUGAAAAAUUGCGGGGCGAUAAGAAAUCGUUAGAGCUGGAAAACACUCGUCUAGUGGGCCAAUUGGAGACAGCCCAAAGCAUGUUGGGUGAUGUCCAGCGUAAGUACGACAUGGUAGAGCGAGAUCUACAUAAACGUGAAGAGCGUCAUGCUGACAUACGUAUUAAACAAAUGGAGGAACAACACCGUGCCAAAUUGGAACUGAUGCAACAACAGCUCUGCGGCGUUACUGAUCAGUUGGAUAAAACGAAACAGGAUUUGGAGCAAAUGCAAACGCGCUACCAAGCCCUGCAGGCCAACCACGAGACAAUGGUGUUGGAGAAGGCGGCGAGGAUCAAUGAACUUAACGGGGCACUAGAUGUCGCUCAGCGGCGAUGUAAUCAACUAUCCAGUAAGCCCAACUUUGAGGCAGAGUCUGUCCGUCAGAAACAAUGUAUAGCGGAACUGCAUUCUCAGGUGGCUACAAUGGAAAAGACAAUUGCUACUCUAAAUGAACGAGUUAAUGGCACUACGGCGGAAUUAGAUCUGAUGGAUACUCUGUUGCAGCAGCACCAUACCGAAGACAUUACAACUGGCCGACUAAGUCAGGGUCAGGAUUCUAGACUGGUGGGCAGUACUCCGCUCAACCCCACUGAUCGUAUCGGCCAUAUAAAACAGGAGCUCUAUCGGGCACUGGGAAAUCUGAAAAACAAGCGAGAGGAAGUGCGAAAACUAGAGAAACAGGUUGAAGAACGCAACCAGGAGUUGCGGCAGCAACGGGAGCAGGAGAAUCAUUCCCUCGUUCAGCUGGCCACGCUGAGAGAGGAAAAGGCGCGUCUAGAGAAUCGCCUUAAGUUGAUGCAUCAGGAAUUAUCGGAGGCACAGAACAAAUCAUUAAACAAAUCACGCCUGCAAAGCGAACUAGAGACUUUAACCAACGAGCGGGAUGCCCUUAAGCAACAAGCGCGGCAAAUUGAUGAACAACUAAAGAAUGUCGAAGUCGAUUUGGAGGAGCUAAAGCAGGAACAUGAUAGCCUUAAACGAAACUAUGAACAACUUAAUGAGGAAAAUCGACAAUUGCGAACACGAACCUCUGACAACACGCGCAUGGAGUUAGAACGACACAAGAUUCUGCUUAAAAACGCUCAAGGAGAGGUGGAACGGUUAAAGAAACUUUAUGCCGAGAUUUCCAAUGACAAGGAAUCGCUUAACUAUCAACUUCGCAAGCUUCAGGAAUCUGACAAUCUUAAGGAAAUGCAGGACUUGCGGCAACAGUUGGCCAGCCUUCAACGCGGUAUGCAGUUAGCUGAAGUCAAAUCAGAGGAACUUUCCAAGAUAUUGGAAACCGAGAGACUCUGCCAUGAACGAGAAUUACAGACUCUGCGAGAAAAAUCGGAUCGAGAGAAACGUGAGGAGGCGAAAGCAGCAGCCAAAGAAAGUUCCGACAAAUGUAGCCGAUGCAUUGAGCAUUUGGCGGAGAUUACAAAGGUCGAAAUUCAAAUGUUAAAACUGCAAAACGUUAACACGAUGCAAGCCAAGGAACUAAAAGAUCUGUCACUAGAGCUAGAGCAGUCCAAGGCAUUGCAAAGCGAACUGGAAGAAAAGAUUGAGCUGUCCAUUGAACAGGAGCGCAUCAUUAAUGAACUAAAGAUCAAAGCCAAACAGUUUGAGGAGUAUAUCAACCAACAGGCAGCUGAAACAUCGGAAAAGAAGCAAUCCAGUCCCAAAACACCAGCAUCGGGUUCCUCACCUGGAGGGGAAUUUAAAGAUGAACCCUUUAAACUUAUUUCCCCAGACCUAACUCAGGAACGCAUCAAACGCAUUGAGCAGCGUGUGCGGGACGAGAUGGCCAAGCUGUUUGCCAACGAACUGAAGCGGUUUACAUCCAGACUGCAUCAAACCGAGGAGAAAUCCCUUUGCCUGCAGCGGGAGUACAAUUUAAUCUGCGGCGAGCUACAGCAGCGGCAAACGGAAGUGGAACUGCUUAAGCAAACCAUUCUCGCCGAACGUGAAAAUAUUGAGGAAUUGCUGGAAGCCAAAGAGAGCAAACAGAAGGCAAUGCUGCAAAAGUGUCGAACUGAACUGCAAGCCAAGAAUCAACGAAUUGCCGAGCUUUUACGGGAACUGGACGAACAGCAUGCAAGUAUCGGGUCAGAGCGUCAGUCCAUGAAAACAGUGAUGGCCCAAUGGGAGGCUCAAAAGCAAUCUGUUGAUCAGGUGGAACAACAGUGGCGUGACCAGUUAAAACUAUUGCAAAGUACACAUGAGGAGGCAAUGAGGGCCGCCCAACAACGAUAUCAAAGUGCAAAACGAACGGCACAGAAUUAUAAGCUUUAUGCCGAGGACAAAGAGGCGCACAUGAAGCGCGAGUAUGAGCGCAUUAAGCACGAAUACGAAUUGUCUCUGGCCAAGAUUGAGCUCACAAUGAAUCAACGACUAGAAAGAAAGAUUCGCGAGCCACCGCAGCGCGACAAAGAGAAUCAGCCUAGUAAUAACAAUAAGAAUAGGUAGUCUACCUGUACGUUGUCAUGAGUUAAUUGUUUAUAUCGUUCAACUACUGCCAAAUUUAUUUUUAUCAUAAAUAUAUACGAAAACAUUCCCCAUAUCAAAUCAAAA